AAAAAUAGAAAAUAAUUUCAGUAUAUUGUGUAAACUACCACUUUAGUAUAACUACGUCCCCGCAAAUAGACUAAUAAUAUCUUAAUUUGUUCACAAGACUAAAUUAUUGAAAAAAUUCAAUUACAAUAAGCAAUUGAACAAUUAAACUCAAUUAUAAAGCAUCAAGUAACAUGCUAAAUAAAACUGUUCAUUUUUAUAGAUAUUUCCUAAUGAGAAAUUCUCUUUUAAUGGGUAUCAAGAACCGCAGUUACGCUCUAACUGGUAAUACUAAAACAUCUUCAGAUUCGGAUCUAGAUUUGAUGAGAAGCCGUCUUAUAUAUCAAUCUAGAAAAAGGGGAAUAUUAGAAAAUUGUAUAAUCUUUACUACAUUUGCCGACAAAUAUGUAAAGACAUUCAAUUGUGAACAAUUACAAAAGUAUGAUGCAUUGAUUAACAGUAAAUUCGAUGAAUGGGACUUAUAUGCUUGGUCUAUUGGAUCUAAACCGGCCCCACAAGAAUUUGACAAUGAUAUAUUGACACUUUUGAAAAAUCAUGUACAAAAAAAAUCAUAAUGUAAAGUAGUAUAAAUAUUGUAUGUUAUUACCUAUUCACAUAAAAGUAUGUUGUGUUAUGAUAGAAUAUUUUGUUGCAUCAGAAACAGGUAAACAAUAAGUCAUGUCUUUUGACUAAAGCUUUGUUAUUAACUUAUGAAUUAACUUGUUUUUUCCUCAAACAAUUACAACCCAAUUUUUAUCAAAAACACUACUUAUUUAAUAAAAUAUUGUAAUAAUUUAAGUGUUAUGUAAACCUAUUAUU